AUGCUUCUUGAACAGCAGAAUAAGAAGCGUUUGAUGAUGGCAAGAUUGGGAAUGAGUGUUGAUUAUGAGGCGGUAGUUAGGCUGCUGCUCGACACAGACGAGAUCGACGUCAACUCGGAAGAUGACAGGGGACGUACGCCACUCUUCUGGGCUGCGAUGGAGGGUAAGAGUCAUUUGGUAGAGCUAUUGCUCAGCGCUGAUGAGGUCAAUCUUGAGAAGAGGGACAAGAGUGGAUUUACAGCGCUGAUGCUGGCGGUGGACAACGGACACAACAAGAUAGUUGACCUUCUGCGGUCGUACCUUCAACACCCCAAAAACUGA